AUGGAUCAAUGUAUCAGUGAUCCUGAUCUACGCAUGAUCUCUGAGAGGCUUGGCUCCGAAUGGCGGAAGCUGGCUACACAUCUCGGUUUAAGGGCUGCAGAGAUCGACCGCAUUGUGAUGGAUGACCCAGGCCAGACUGAGAAUCAGAUCAUCAGCAUGCUGGUCAAAUGGAGGCACCAACAAUCCACCAGCACGGAUCAGAGGGACGUGUUAUGCACAGCUCUGAUGGAGAUCGGCAGAAGGGACAUUGUUGAAGACCUGAUAGAAAUCUCUGGACUCCAAGGGCCGGUUACCUUUGAGGAUUUACAACAGGAAAUUAUCGACAACUACAAGCAAACUGCAACAACUAUUCCUGCACACCCUACACUGCAGUCAUGUCAAGUGGGUAUUGAGGAGUUCUUUGUUCCUCUCAAUCUAAUAAAGAACAUUCCAAGCAAAAACAAAUCUGAGAGGUUAGUGACUUUAACAGAGGGAGAAAGAUUGUUAGAUAUCACAGAAACUAUUAGCCUGAAUUCCUUGGACGAAUUGUUAAAUCCAGAAGUAGUUAAGGAAAUCAAGGUUCUUCUUUAUGGUGGGGUCGGGACGGGUAAAUCAACCCUGUUAGUGCAAAUUGCAAACUCCUCCAUCACACUCAGUUCAAAACCCCUUCUUGGUAGAUUCGAGCUUGUGCUUUUGAUAAAGCUGAGGCAAAUGCAGCAAUCUAGUUGUGUCUUGGAUGCCAUAUUUGACCAAAUCUUAGCACAAAACACCAAACUGACAAAAAACAUAGUGAAAGGGUUCAUUGAUGAUCAUGAAUCACGCACUGCUUUGCUGUUGGAUGGAGUAGAUCAAAUUCCAUCUCAUGUUUUGCAAUCUGAGGAGGGCGUGUACAGGGUUCAGGAUAUCUUACGCAACAGAGUCCUUACUAAAAGUUUUGUGCUGGUCACCACCCGCCCACACAUGGUGGAAUCAGUACUCGGGUGUAACCCAAAAUUUGCCCAGGUGGAGACAACUGGCUUCAAUCCACAAGCCAGAGAUCAGUUCAUCAGAUUAAACCUUCCUGAUGAUGCUGACAUGGGAGAGGCAUUGGUUUUAUAUCUGAAAACCAAUCAACAUCUAUGGGAAAUGUCGAAAGUUCCAAUCAUUUCCCAGAUGAUGUACCUUGUUUGGAAGAAUCAAAAGUCAUUGCCUGAGAGAAUGACUGAGCUGUUUGCAAAGUUUGCAGAGGUUCUUUUCAUUCGCCGCUAUGAAGAAAUGGGUGAUCACCACAUGAUGUCCACCAUGAUGUCCACCAUGAUGUCCAUCAUGAUGUCCAUCAUUGAUGACUUGGGGCGUGUUGCAUUGCAAGGGUUACAAGACUCUAGCGGGGAAAGACUCAUGUUUGAUGAAACUGAAUUUCAGGAUUGUCAGUCUGCCUUAGCUGAGGGUUGUCGUGUGGGUUUCGUUCAACGUGAAACGUUCACAUGUGGUCUGGAUGUAAAGGUGUUGGUCACUUUCCCCCACAAGUCCAUCCAAGAAUACUUUGCAGCAUGUCACCUGGUAAAAUUACUACAAGAUGACGUAAACAAUUUCCGUCAUCAUUUGGAGCAGAUUGGAGAAGGCAAUGUUCUUGCAAUGGAAAACCUGCUGAGAUUUUGUUGCGGUAGAUCAAGGCAGGCUGCUGGUCUCAUUCUGGAUCACAUACGAGAGAUGCAAGGUGAUAAGCAGGAACUGCAGGGAUUGGCUCGGUUGUCAUUGUUGGAGUCUGGUUCAGAGGAGUUGGCUACCAAACUUGUCAGACCAACUGAGGUAUUCUGCAAGAGUAACGAAGACCUGAGAUCACUGAGCUACUACUUACAGCAUGUCACUCCACUUGAAGAUACAUAUUUUCACAUAAGAAUGAGAAAGCAGGAGCUUACCAUUCUCAAGGGAAUUCUUCUGAGUGACGGCAUGAAGUCAGCUAGAUGGAUAGAGGUUGUGUACUACUUGUCUGAGCAGGAGGGGGAGGAGCUUAGCCUCCUAGAGGAAACACUUGGUGUGGUGGAUGAACAAUUAUAUGUUACGUGUAUGGUUUACAUUGAGGCAAAGUCAUGGUUUGACGUGGAGCAUGUAUCAAACAGCUGUGUCCGCAUGCAGGAACAAAAAUUAAUACGCAGGCUUGGUUUGUGUAUGAUCCAACGAUCACCGGAUGAGGUUGUUGAUCUAUUGAAGGCACUGGAAGGAUGCAGGUUGGAAGUUCUCGCACUGUAUUACAUCAACCUGCAUGCACGGUUGGGAGAUGUCAGCCACAUCACGUCAUCCCUUACACACUUGCUCCUCCAUGCAUGCAGGUUGGUAGAUGAUGUCAUGAAGGACCUGAUCAGUAUCCUUCCUGCUGGGCAUGGUUUAGAAGUGCUUGCCCUUGAUGGCAAUGCAUUCAGUUUGGAUGCAGUGAGGGCUCUCACCUGUCAUCUCCAAGGUCUCCCUAAGUUACGUCACUUGAGACUUUGUAACAUCGGCCUCAAUGCUGAGUGCAUCAGACAAGUUGUCAGUGAAAACCUCCCUCACCUGAAGAAAACAAACAAGGGAGAAUUCCAAAAGCCUAAAAAAACUCCCACCAAGUCAUAACUCUCACCUUGUUCCCUAUGAAUGCACCACGCUCAUGAGCCGCAUUCAUCGAAACAAGUAGCACCUAUCAUGGGUCAUGUUAUGUGAAGUCAAUGCACUGUGCCCCCCCC